AACCCACAGGAUCAAAACAGGAAAUAUGCUGCAAAUUUCUCCUCAAAAACCAACUGCAGCUUUCUGCAGAUUAUCUCGACAAUGCAAGGAAAGUGUGUUACCCAAUAUAAACAUCUUAAAAAUGACCACAUGGUCCAGCAAAACAUCUUCUUUGGAUAUACGUCGAGAUAAUACCUGCUGUUUUUGAAAGAUAAAGUGGCUAGCAAGAUUCCAAGUCACUCUUAGCUUCUUGCUAGCUAGCUAGCACACUCAUAACUGAGUUGAAAUUAACCAGGCAUCAUCCAGACGUAUGGGCUGAACAUUACCAUAUAUAGGCCUGGUGACUGCGGUGCGAGUAGAGUUGCAGACCACCCCUGCGCCUGAGAAAUGUAAACUGUGACAGGCCGUCAUUAACAGAUCGAGGCCGGAAGAAGACAGUCAACAAAACAGAUCACUUGACAACAUUAGCUAGCUAACCCAACCACUAAACAUGUCAUCUGAACAAAUAAUCGUAAUUGUCAUGGAUGACAAAACGUACAACGUCAACAAAGGCAAGUUGAUAGAAAAAAGCGACUACUUCCGUGCACUGUACAGCUCUGGGAUGCGCGAGUCCAGAGAGGAUUCAGUGCAACUGCAGGGGCUGAGUGUGCCAGGGCUCGAGCUGGUCCUGGAGUUUAUCAACACCUCCAAAGUGAAAGUAGUCAACGAGACCCUGGAAGACCUGAUUGAGACUGCAUCUUUUUUGCAAGUCACCUCUAUCCUAAAACUCCUUUCGUCUGAAAUUCGACAAGAGAAUUGUGUGGAACUMUACAGCCUAUCUGAGGUAUAUGGAACUCAUGAUCUACGCAACGCUUGUCUCAGAUAUAUGAGCUGUCACUACCACCCGAUGCUGCGGAGACCAGAGUUCARCGACUUACCYGCUGCCCUGCGCAACCAGGUUAGAGAGAUGCGUAUGAAAGGCACRGCCACUCUGGUGGCWAUCGGACUYUUCACCUGUCUGGCUCUGGACCUACCAGACCAGGAYGAGCCCUGGUCMAUGCUGAGRUAUGGGGAAGURGAGCAGCGYUGGAAGCCGCUCGCUAACAACCUGCCCUCUGACAUGGUCAAUGUGAGAGGCUACGGCUCAGCCRUGUUGGACAACUACCUGUUCAUUGUCGGUGGGUACAGAAUGACCAGCCAGGAGAUCUCAGCGGCACACUGCUACAACCCCUGUAGAAAUGAAUGGAACCAGGUAGCCCCCCUGAACCAGAAGAGGUCCAACUUCAAGCUGCUGGCGGUACGAGGGAAGCUGUAUGCAGUGGGAGGCCAGUGUCAGGGCACUGUGGAGUGCUACAGCCCUGAGCAGGACUGGUGGACCUGUGUGUCGUCACUACCCGACCCCCUGGCAGAGUUCUCUGCCUGCGAGUGCCAGGGCAUGAUCUACGUCAUGGGAGGAUAUACUGCCAGAGACAGGAAUACCAGCGUACUCCGCUACUGCCCCACCUCUGACAGUUGGACAGUGUUCCGCUCCUGCUCGGCCCACGUGCGUAAGCAGCAGAUGCUCUCGGUGGAAGAUACCAUCUACCUGGUGGGGGGGUACACCCACGAGCUGGAGCCGGGUCCGGGGCGGCGGGCCAGCCAGACGGAGGACAUGCUGACAGUGCAGUCUUACAACGUGAUCACAGGGGAGUGGCUCCACCUGAAGGACAACACCUCCAAGUCGGGCCUGAACCUCACGUGCACGCUGCACAACGACGGCGUCUAUAUUAUGUCGCGCGACGUCAGCCUGCCCACCAGCCUGGAGCACCGCGUCUUCCUCAAGUACAACAUCUUCUCAGACGCCUGGGAGGCCUUCAGACGCUUCCCCGCGCUGGGCCAGAAUAUGCUACUCUGCUCCCUCUAUCUGCCCAACGUUCUAUGAGCGUUGCGGAUGGAAUGUAGGAUGUUUAGUUGAUGCCAGUGGUCGUACAGUCCAGAGACUACAUCAUAUGCCACGAGGCUUGUUUGUGCGUGCUGCGGCUACGUAGCUCACAUGAAGAGAAGUGGUAACGGUAGAGCUGUAGAUGGCUGCAGUAGGAAACAGUAUGGCCAAAUCCCCGUUGGUGGGGCAAAAUCUAGAAAGACACAGCUUGUUACAUGAUUUAAACCUUAAAGUAGCUACAAGCACAGGCAAAGCAACACUUAUGCAUUGUGGGUCAAUGUCUUAGUUAGCAUAGCAGCAUUGGGCUACUAUCGAGAUCCGUUUUCGGAUUCUUUGAUUAGAAGUAGACUUGAAUCAUAUAGAACAUUCCCUAUUGUUUACACUGCAAAUUUAAAAUGAAGGAUUUGCAAAAAUCUUCGUUUUAGUGUUCACUACAAACCUUAAACGCUAAUGCAAAUUAGUAAUAUAGUUAAUACGUUAUAUUGGAUAUUGAAGAAAGUUUGUAGCCAAGAAGUGGCUUUGGUUUUACACUGCCGGUUUUGCAAUGGGCAAUUGAAGAACUUAAAUAAAAUGCUAAGCUGA